GCCACUACAGGUAUUCGUUUCCAAUUCGUGCUUAAAUAAAUGCGCUUCGUGAUAUUUAUGUAAGCCCUUGCCUUGCCUAGACUACAGCAGCCAGUGCAUUUAAGCAAAAAUACCAGUGUUUGAAAAGCUUGCAACUCUGGAAUGGCCGCCGUUACAGAAGCAGAACCACGAGUAUCUUCUAAACAGUCCAACAACAAAAAGGGAAAAAGAAAGCGAACCCAUAUUGACCCUGAAAUCGACCGACUCGACUCACUCCCAUGGAACUCUUCCAUCUCUCAAGACGAUCCUUUCUCUGUUAUUGCUGGUUCUCACGAGCUCGAAGGAGGGUUUCUAUCACUUGAAGAGAUUGACGAGGGUGAUUAUGGUUUUGAAAUUCCUGGUCUUGAUAAGAAGGUGAAGAAAGAAAGAAAAAAUAAAUCCAAGAAACAGCAGGAUAGUGAUGUUGAUGUUGAUGCUGAUGGGGUUGAAGAGGAGGCGGAGGAGGAGGGGAUAAACGUGGAGGUUAAGAAAAAGAGGAAGAAGAGAAAGAAGAAAAAGAAAGCGAAGGAAUCAUCAAAGGUUGAUGAAACUACUUCUGAUUGUUCAUUGCUCCACAAUUGUGCGACUGUAGUUAGCAAUAACAAGGAUGAUGUAGAAGGAGAAUCAGUUGACGAGACUGAAUUUUAUGGAUGGAAUGAGUUGAGACUUCAUCCUGUGCUCAUGAAAUCGAUAUUUAGGCUUGGGUUCAAGGAACCAACACCAAUACAGAAAGCUUGUAUUCCUGCUGCAGCUCAUCAAGGGAAGGAUGUUGUUGGAGCUGCAGAAACUGGCUCAGGCAAAACUCUUGCUUUUGGUUUGCCCAUUUUGCAACGUCUCCUCGAGGAACAAGAUAAGGCUUCAAACAUGGGUAACAAUGUGGGAGAGGAAGCUGAAAGGUUUGCGCCGAAAGGUCUUUUGCGUGCUCUCAUCAUCACUCCAACAAGGGAGCUUGCCAUUCAGGUGACUGACCAUUUUAAGGAAGCAGCUCAUGGUAUCAAUAUUAGGGUGGUUUCGAUUGUUGGUGGGAUGUCAACAGAGAAGCAGGAAAGACUUUUGAAAGCAAGGCCCGAGAUUAUUGUUGGGACUCCUGGGAGGUUGUGGGAACUUAUGUCAGGAGGGGAAAAGCAUCUUGUUGAGUUGCAUUCAUUAUCUUUCUUUGUGCUGGAUGAGGCAGAUCGUAUGAUUGAAAAUGGACAUUUUCGUGAGUUACAGUCUAUUAUUGACAUGCUGCCCAUGGCCAGUGGUUCAAUUGGAGGACAAUCUCAAAGUUCAGAAAAUUGCCAAACACUUUCAAACAUGCAAAUAAAGAAAAGACAAACAUUUGUUUUUUCUGCAACUAUAGCAUUAUCUGCUGAUUUUCGCAAGAAGCUAAAGCGUGGCUCAUUAAGAUCAAAGCAAUCAAUGGCUGAUGGGCUGAAUUCCAUAGAAAUGCUCUCUGAACGAGCUGGAAUGAGAGCAAAUGCUGCCAUCAUUGACCUGACAAAUGCAUCAAUCCUCGCAAAUAAGCUUGAGGAAUCUUUUAUAGAAUGUAAGGAAGAAGAUAAAGAUGCUUACCUGUAUUAUAUAUUGAGUGUUCAUGGACAAGGUCGCACAAUUGUUUUCUGUACAUCAAUUGCAGCUUUGCGCCACACUUCUGCCCUUUUGCGCAUCCUAGGCAUCAAUGUUUGGACACUUCAUGCUCAGAUGCAGCAGCGAGCUCGUUUGAAGGCAAUAGAUCGAUUUCGUUCAAAUGAACAUGCUAUCCUUGUUGCUACAGAUGUUGCUGCAAGAGGCCUCGACAUCCCUGGUGUCCGAACUGUUGUUCACUAUCAGCUUCCACAUUCAGCAGAAGUUUAUGUUCACCGAAGUGGAAGAACUGCAAGAGCUUGUACUGAUGGAUGCAGCAUUGCCCUUAUAUCAUCAAAUGAUACUUCAAAAUUUGCCUCUUUGUGCAAAUCAUUUUCAAAGGAAAGUUUUCAGAGAUUUCCUUUAGAAGAGUCAUACAUGCCAGAGGUGAUGAGACGGCUGUCUCUUGCACGUCAAAUAGACAAGAUUACAAGAAAGGACUCCCAGGAGAAGGCAAAGAAAACCUGGUUUGAACGAAAUGCAGAAUCAAUUGAGUUAAUGGUGGAGAAUGAUGACAGUGAGGAGGAAAGAGUGAGCAAUCAUAAGCAAAAGAGAGUCACCUCAAUGCAAUUGAAAAAUUUACAGCAGGAGCUUAACACUCUGCUUUCACGUCCUUUGCAACCAAAAUCAUUUUCACAUCGCUAUUUGGCAGGGGCUGGGAUUUCACCUCUCCUGCAACAUCAGUUUGAAGAAUUAACAAGGCAAAAGUUAGACCAAGGUGUGAAUUUGGGAGAUAACAAAAGAAGGAAAUUGGUGGUUAUUGGUCAAGAUUGUGUGGAGCCACUCCAGGCACUCCGAAGUUCUGGUCAGGAGGUAAGCAUGGACGUGAAAGAGACUGCAGAAAAACGUAGGGACUUGGAGAAUUUGAGGAGAAAAAGAAAGGAAGAGAAGAAACGUUUACGUGAUCAGCGAAGGCAGCAGAAGAAAAGGCUAAAAGAAGUUGACGAGUAGAGUUCUUCUAAGAUUUUGUCCCCUCCUCCUCAAUUUCAAUUUGUGGCUUGAGGCUCUUCAUAAAUUUCAUAUGAUUGACCCACAAAAAAAAAAAAAAGAUGAUACAGCAAAUGCAAUGCUAUUUAGUUGUAGAACUACAUGUUGAACAUAGUGUUUUUAGCUGUAUCCGAAUAUAGAGCAUGAAUGUGAAACAGACUUAUUGGACCUGGAAUCUGAAACUCAGAAUUUCUAGGUGUCUACAAAUUCCAUUUUUCAACAGAAUACGGCUCCGCCAUAAGGAGUUCUUGACAACUUCGAUUGUAAGCGUUACUUUUCAACCCUAGUUGCGUGCUAGGCUUGUGGCAAGAAAUGUAGGUUUUUUUGGGAUCUGGAUAUAAGAUUCAAUAAAAAAAAGGAAAAAAAAAGAUUUUGAAGGCA